AUGUCUCAAGUAUACUUGCAUUCAGCUAAUCAGACUUUGUGUGCAUCUACAGACGGUACAGAACUGAAAUCAAUCACUGAUAAUGAAACCACAAAUGAAAAAUGGACUGAAGACUCCUUUCCAGGAUUAGAAAUACUGUGCACAAUUUAUGUUACAUAUGCUGUGAUCAUUUCAGUGGGUCUCCUUGGAAAUGCUAUACUCAUCAAAGUCUUUUUCAAGAUUAAAUCAAUGCAGACGGUUCCAAACAUCUUCAUCACCAGCCUGGCAUUUGGAGACCUACUGCUUUUAUUAACUUGUGUGCCUAUAGAUGCAACACGUUACAUUGUGGAUACCUGGCUCUUCGGAAGAAUUGGGUGCAAGCUGCUGUCUUUUAUCCAGUUAACCUCAGUUGGAGUAUCAGUGUUUACCCUGACUGUUCUCAGUGCUGACAGGUACAGAGCCAUCGUUAAGCCCCUGGAACUGCAGACUUCGGAUGCGCUCCUGAAGACGUGCUGUAAAGCUGGCUGUGUUUGGAUCAUCUCCAUGAUAUUUGCUAUCCCAGAGGCUGUUUUUUCAGAUUUGUAUUCUUUCACCAACCCUGAGAAAAAUGUAACUUUUGAGGCAUGUGCUCCCUAUCCUGUAUCUGAGAAGAUCCUGCAGGAAGCUCACUCCCUGGUUUGCUUCUUAGUGUUCUAUAUUGUACCCUUAGCUGUCAUUUCUGUCUACUAUUUUCUUAUCGCCAGAACUUUAUAUAAAAGUACAGCCAACAUGCCAGCAGAAGAACAUGGUCAUGCCCGUAAGCAGAUUGAAUCCCGCAAGAGAGUUGCAAAAACAGUGCUGGUGCUUGUUGCUUUGUUUGCCUUUUGCUGGUUGCCUAACCAUAUCCUCUACCUAUACCGCUCUUUUACAUACCAUGCUUCUGUAGAUGCUUCCACCUUUCAUCUGAUAGCUACUAUUUUUUCCCGUGCCUUGGCCUUCAGCAAUUCCUGCGUCAAUCCUUUUGCUCUUUAUUGGCUGAGCAAAAGUUUCCGGCAACAUUUUAAAAAGCAAGUCUCAUGCUGCAAGGCAACAUUUCGUACAAAGCCUCCCAGUGCUACCCACAGUAAUACACCUACCAGAGCCCUGUCAGUUACGGGCAGCACGCAUGGCUCAGAAAUCAGUGUUACACUGCUAACAGAUUAUAGUAUCACAAAAGAAGAAGAAAGUGUUUAG